ACUCAACGCCACCAACUGUUGCCACGCUCUUACUAGUAAGUGCUCGAAGUGGUGAUGAAACGUGAAGAAAUACGCUGUGCUGGCGUGUGACGACGAUGUACACAACUAAAGUUUCAAUUAGUCAGUGAGCGUUCAGUCAUUUGAAGCGGAGUGGGUGCUCUUCGCGCGUUUACAACAGCUUAUUCUAACGUUAGCGUUAGCAUUAGCCGAAGCGCUACGGAAAGAGGAAGACCUGUGAGCCCCCUGACAACCGACUGAACUUACAAUCAAUGAUAAUCUGUGACUUACAUCGUAUGUGAACAGUGUGAUGAGUCUGCUCCACAGACGGCUGUCAGCAUGCGGAGCCGACACAGGGGAUCUCACCUGGGCUUGCUGUUCCUGGCCUCCCAGCUGUUCCAGGUGGGUCUGGACAACAUCCCCCCAGUCACACUGGCUGUGCUGGGACUCAACGUGUACCUUUACCUGUUUCCUGCAGCUCCACUGAUGAAGGCCUGUGUGAGUGUCCAGCAGGCAUACUGGUUUGGAGACUGGCCCCGCCUUCUGCUGUCUCCCCUGCACCAUGUGGAUGACUGGCACCUCUACUUCAACAUGGCGUCCUUCCUCUGGAAAGGAAUCAGGCUGGAGAGACGGCUGGGUGGAGCCUGGUUCGUCUACCUGCUCUCAGUCUUCUCUCUGCUCACCGGCCUCGUCUAUCUUUUGCUGGAAGCAGCGUUAACAGAGCUGACCCAGGACCAGUCCUACAGCUUGACCUGUGCUGUUGGCUUCUCUGGUGUCCUGUUUGCUCUGAAGGUGCUCAGUAACCAUUACCACCCUGGACAGGUGACCUAUGUGAUGGGUUUACCUGUGUCUAGUCGCUAUGCUAGCUGGGUGGAGCUCAUAUUGAUCCACAUAACGUCACCUGGGACAUCUUUCAUUGGUCACCUGGCUGGAAUCCUGGUGGGUCUGCUCUACACUGUCGGACCACUGAAGGCCAUCAUGAAGAAUUGUGCAGACUUUGUGACAUCGAACGGAUAUAACUCCCGACCCAAUGCCUACUACAGCUCCUCAGGCUACAGCGGCGUUCAUGGAGGACACUCAGGAUACCAUCAGUACGCACCAGGUUACACAACAGAUCCUACAGCGACGUAUACAGGGGGACUGACAGAGGAAGAGCAGUUAGAGGCGGCCAUUCGAAACAGUCUGAAUGACAGAGGACAAACCAACCAGAGGAGAGCUCCCCCUCCUUAUGGUUUCCACCUCCCCGAGGAGGAGACAGCUGAGGAAAUCAGGCUGCGGAGACUGAGGAGGUUUGACAGCUGAACUGCCAGAUGGGGAAAUGGAGGAAGAAGAAGAUGAAGAAGAGAGUCCACACUGUGCUUCCUCUGGCUGAGGAAGAGUGUCCUGAGUGAGAGGGUUGAGCCAUCCAGCACUCAUUUUACUGUGUGCCCGUCUGCACUGCCAAAGAGCUCAUGUGAGCUGUGGAAAGCUGCUCUCAUGCUGCAUAGAUACUGAACUUGUCUUCUGAUUCGCUGCUUCCAACUCAGGAAUGAAGAGGGAAGUAAAGGAGUAUUUGUAAUACUUCUCAGUCAGUCACUUUUUGCUGUUACUCCGCUUCAAGUUGUGAAACUGAUACACAAGAUCGUAUUUAAUGCCUUAAAUUUGCUUAAAACCCAAUUAUAGAUUUCUGCAUGUGAUAAGGACCAAAGGCCAAUCACGCUUCUUUUUCUGCAGGCUCUACAUGUAAUGUCACAACUGGACUUGAGAAUGAGGAUGGGUAUUCAGUCCUAGAUUUAUGAAG